UGGGAGCCCUUUGAGUCCGAAAUGGACUGGAGAUUCGCGUCCUGGGCGAUACAGGAAGGUUUGAGUCGGGAUCAGUUGACAGAGCUUUGGCCAUACCUGGGAAAGAUUAGGCCUUUCAUAUCACAUUCCUACUCCUUGUUACAGAGGGUUGACUCGCUUCCGGAGAGGGCGGAGUGGAGGGAAAGAUGGUUGACGUUCAAGGACCGACCGAAUGAAGAACAUCUGGUUCAGUAUCGCGACAUAAUAGAG